ACUCAUGGGAGAAAGUUGGUGUGCAGAGUGGUUUUUCUGCUCUUCCAAGGGUCGAAACAGCAGCUGGAAGACAAAGAUGAUGCCAGAAGACCACACUGGACAACUGAGAAUAACAAGCAAUAUUGAAAUGCAAAACAGAUUGAGGCAGAAAUAAAGAUAUUGUCCAUUUCCAUCAAAAAACCCACACAAUUCUUCUCCUUCCACAGCAGAUGAGAGGCAAAGGAAAGAAAAUCAAUGAGAGAUUUCGUUCUGCAAAAAGUAGAGUAUAUGGAACUCAAGCACACAAUACACAAAAAGGUCAAGGGAGAUUAUUUUUCCAUUCAGAAAAAGAGGAAAAUAUCUGGAAGUCAGUUGGGAGGAAAAGGUUAUCAGUGGUGGAAAAGCUCCAUAGGUGUGCCUUUAAAGGAAGAAGCAGACUACAAAUUGCAAGUGACUACGCAGGGGAGAAUCUACUCUGGAGAAAAGCAGAUACAAAUUAUCUGAAUGUGGCAAAAGUUUUUGUCAAACAGAUCCUUUUUCCUUCACGGAAGAACCCACCCAGAAGAGAUGUCCUACAAGUGCUUCCAAUGUGGUAAACCCUUUAGCAAAAAUGGCAACUUGGUGAUACAUAUGAGGACUCACAGCAGAGAGAAGCCAUAUGACUGUCCAGAUUGUGGGAAACAUUUCAUUGCAUAUUCCCACUUGGUGAGCCACCUGAGGACUCACACAGGAGAGAAACCUUUUGAAUGUCCUGAUUGUGGGAAAAGUUUCAGUCAGAAUUCCUGCCUGGUGAAUCAUCAGAGGACUCACACAGGAGAAAAACCCUUUGAAUGUCCUGUUUGUGGGAAAUGUUUCAGUGAGAAUUCCAGCCUGAUAAGACACCAGAGGACUCACGCAGUUGAUAAACCCUUUGAAUGUUCUGAUUGUGGGAAAGGUUUCAGUAAGAAUUCCAACCUGGUGAACCACCAGAGGACUCACACAGGAGAGAAACCCUUUGAAUGUCCUGUUUGUGGGAAACGUUUCAGUCAGAAUUCCAACCUGGUGAAGCACCAAAGUACUCACACAGGAGAGAAACCCUUUAAAUGUCCUGUUUGCGGGAAAUGUUUCAGUCAGAAUUACAGCCUGGUGAGCCAUCAGAGGACUCACACAGGAGAGAAACCCUUUGAAUGUCCUGUUUGCGGGAAAUGUUUCAGUCAGAAUUCCAACCUUGUGAGCCAUCAGAGGACUCACACAAGAGAGAAACCCUUUGAAUGUCCUGUUUGCAGGAAACGUUUCAGUCAGAAUUACAGCCUGAUGAACCAUCAGAGGACUCACACAGGAGAGAAACCCUUUGAAUGUCCUGUUUGCGGGAAAGGUUUCUGUCAGAAUUCCAACCUGGUGAGCCAUCAGAGGACUCAUACAAAAGAGAAACCCUUUGAAUGUCCUGUUUGUGGGAAAAGUUUUGGUCAGAAUUGCAACCUGGUGAGCCAUCAGAGGACUCACACAAGAGAGAAACCCUUUGAAUGUCCUGUUUGUGGGAAAAGUUUUGGUCAGAUUUCCAGCCUGGUGAAUCAUCAGAGAACUCACACAGGAGAAAAGCCCUUUGAAUGUUCUCUUUGUAGGAAAAGUUUUAGUCAGAUUUCUCAUCUGAAGAACCAUCAGAGGACUCACAAAGGAGGGAAACCAAUUUAAUGUUCUGAUUAUAGGAAAAGUUUCAGUCAGAAUUCUGUCCUGGUGAACCAUCAGAGGUCUCACACAGGAGAGAAACUCUUUGAAUUUCCUGAUUGUGGGAAACAUUUAUGUUACAAUUCCAACUUGGUAAGAGAAUCGACACAAGAGAAAAACUCUUUGCAUAUGUAGAGUGUGGGGAAAGUUUCAAUGAGAAUUCUGACCCGGUGAAAUACCAGAGGACUCACACAGGAAAGAAACCUUUUCAAUAACCUGAUUGUGGGUAUAUUUCAAUCAGAAUUCCUACUUGGUGAAAUACCAGAGGACUCACAUGGGAGAGAAACCCUUUGAAUGUCCUGUUGGCGGGAAAGGUUUCUGUCAGAAUGUGAAUCUGGAGAUAUACUGGAGGACUCACAGAAGAGACAAAUCUGGAUGAUGCUUCUGGCAUAAAUUGUUCCAUAUUGCCCACAUGGAAAUGCAAGUGAAGGAAAAGUUGAUGAGUUUAGUGAAGGGAUUCAUUUCUCAUCUCUCAUUAGGAAUGUAGGUGAAAACAUAUCUCAGAAUUAGACUUGUAAGUGGAGAAAAAAGGAAUAUGGAAAAGGGCUGCCUACCAGUUUCUCGUUAUCAGCAGCAAUUUCAUUUUUGCAAAAACAAAGAUGAUGCCAGAAGACCACACUGGACAACUGAGAAUAACAAGCAAUAUUGAAAAGCAAAGAAAAUUGAGGCAGAAAUAAAAAUAUUCUCCAUUUCCAUCAGAAGAACCACACAAUUCUUCUCCUUCCACAGAAGGUGACAGACGAAAGAAAGAAAAUUGAUACGAGAUUUCAUGCUGCAAAAAGGAGAGUAUGUGGAACUCAAGGACACAAUACACAAAUAGGUCAAGAAAGAUUAUUUUUCCAUUCAGAAAAAGAGGAAAAUAUCUGGAACUUAGUGGGAAGGAAAAGAUUAAUUGGAUGGGUACAUAGGACAGACAGUAAUCCUUGCAUUGCCCUGGGGGAAGAAAUGGG